AUGGCUGACAAGGUCCCCGUCACGGUGCGCACGCGCAAGUUCCUCCGCAACAGCCUGCUCGCUCGCCGCCAAAUGGUUGUUGAGGUGAUCCACCCGGGCCGCCCUAAUGUGCCCAAGGCUGAGCUUCAGGAGAAAAUCUCCAAGAUGUACAAGGUGAAGGACUCCAACACGGUGUUUUUGUACGGUUUCCGCACGCAGUUCGGUGGUGGUAAGAGCUCCGGCUUCGGUCUCGUUUACGAUUCGGUGAACGACGCCAAGCGUUUCGAGCCCAAGUACCGGUUGAUCCGUCAGGGUCUGGUCGAGAAGGUCGAGACGUCGCGCAAGCAGAUUAAGGAGGCCAAGAACCGCGCGAAGAAGGUUCGCGGUGUCGGCCGCCGUAUUGCUCGCCACAAGGCUGCCAAGGCCAACAAGUAG